UCCACAGUGUUUAGAAAGCCCGAGAGCUUGUGUAUGGACUGACAAGAAAUGAAUUUUCUUUGAAAAAAAUGAAAAGAGUAGUUAUCUUCAAGAAUGGACGUUUUGUUGACGGGAAGGUUAUAUCUGUGACCCACUGUUCUUCUUUGGAAGAUGUUCUGUCAGAUGCAAGCAAGAAAUUGGGCUUUGUGGGCAGAAAAAUCUACACUCCUCAAGGCGGGCUCAUAGAUGAAGUGUCACUGCUCAGGGAUGACGAUGUGGUGUAUGUGUCUGGAGGGGAAGCUUUUAAAGCACCUCCUUGUAAUCAUUCCAGUGUUUCAACUCCACAUAAAUCACCAUGUAAGGUGUCACAAUGUAGUUCUGGUGAGUGGGUCACCCUGAAUGUCGGUGGAACUAUUUUCUCUACUACGAGGAGCACACUUACACAACAACACCCAGGCAGCAUGCUGUCAGCAAUGUUCUCUGAUGAUCCAGAUGAAUCGUGGUGUAGCUCUGUUGAUGGUACUGGUGCAUACCUUAUUGAUAGAAGCCCUCGCUACUUUGAGCCAAUCUUAAACUAUCUGCGGCAUGGUCAGCUCAUACUGGACAAGCAUAUCAGUGCUGAAGGUGUUCUAGAAGAAGCAAAAUUCUUUGGCUUGACUUCUUUAAUAGAAACUUUAGAAGCUACCAUAGAGAGUGAAUUGCCCCCUGAAGAUCAGACACCGAUCAGUCGUCGUGAGUUUGUGAUGAAGUUGUUGGCAACAUCAACAGACAAAGAACUGCGUUGUCAGGGAAUGAAUUUUGCUGGUGCCAACCUCUCCAAGUUAGAUUUGAGAGGGAUAAACUUCAAGUAUGCAAUACUGAAAAAUGCCAAUUUGAGUGGUGCCAAUUUGUCCUAUUGUAAUUUUGAGAGGUCUGACCUGUCGAGAGCUGUGCUUGAUUCAGCUAAUCUGCUAGGUGUGAAGAUGUUAUGUGCCAACAUGGAGGGAACCUCACUGAAGGGAUGUAACUUUGAAGAUCCAGCAGGAACUAGGGCAAACAUGGAAGGAGCAUUGAUGAAAAGUGUUAACCUGGAGGGAAGUCACAUGGCUGGCGUAAACUUGAGAGUGGCUAAUCUAAAGAAUGCCAAUCUUCAAAAUUGUGACCUGAGAGGAGCGGUACUGGCUGGAGCUGAUCUCGAGAACUGUGAUUUGUCAGGAUGUGAUCUACAAGAAGCCAAUCUCCGAGGUGCCAACUUAAAAGGUGCAGCAUUUGAGUUGAUGUUGAACCCACUACACAUGGCUCAGGCCGUAAGGUGACUGAGAAAUCACCUGCACCUGGACCAGGCCGAGAAAGCGCUUUAUAAUUUAUGGUCUUUCAACUACUGUAGAAUGAAAUGAACUCUUGUCAUUUUGUAUUGCACUUGUCAGUAUACCUCCCCCUCCCAAACAUAUAGCAGAGUUUAGAAAGAGGAAAUUUUUCCCCCUCAUGAAUGGGAUAUCUAGCUCCAGAGCCAUGCAGUGUCUGGAAUCUGCCACAGUUACUGUAAUUAUAUUUUUCAUUGUGCUGUCAUGUUUUGAGAGGUGGAGACAAAAAUUCUAUCUCAGCCAGUUAUAUAUUGCCGGUAUGGUAUAAAGCUGGCUUAUAUUCAUGACUGGUAAAAUUGCCUUGGAUGCAUUGUUGAAAACUGUGAGGACAAGUAACACAAGAAAAUUUCUUGCUGUAGCUGAAUGUUGUAAAUUAUUCAGCUUAUAUGAGAUAUUCUAGAUGUUUGGAUCAUUUGGCUUAUAUUCAUUUUUAGACGACUUUUCAAAGAAAAAGUAGAGCUAUUGCACUCGCCCCAGCAGCAGCAGCAAUGCCGUUGCCGUUGGUUAAAGUUUUUGAUAAAGUCUGUUACUAUCAAAGCUUUUGACUUGAAACUUAAAAAUUUUAUUUACUAUCAAAGUCUACACCAGGAGAAACAAACCCCAUAACUCUGAUUGAAUUUUGACAGAGUUAUGCCCCUUUUUAACAGAAUUUUUUGGUUAAAGUUUUUGAUAAAGUCAAAUAUGUCUGUUACUAUCAAAGCUUUAGACUUGAAACUUAAAACAGUUAUUUACUAUCAAAGUCUACACUAGGAGAAACAAUCCCUGUAACUCUGCUUAAAUUUUGACAGAGUUAUGCCCCAUUUUAACUUAGAAUUUUUGGGUUAAAAUUUUGUCAAGUUUUUACUGGCAAAGCUCUAAUUCAGAGUCAAGCACUGAGAAAAGUCGGGCACGCUGUUAUCAGACAGCUCUUGUUUACUGUCACAGAAAAAACUUAACUUGAAAAAUGUUGAUAGUUGGAAAGGGACCAAGUUUUGACUCUGAUGUAAGAGGGUGUCAGUUUCCCUCCUAGUAUGUAGGAAAGGGAAUCUGCUGAAGGGCAUUAUUGUAUUGCUAAGUAAGAAAUGUUCAGAUAUAAAAAUUAUAUAUCAUUAGAAAACAACGCAGAUAAGACUGAGGAGUUUUCUUUAAGGUUGCUCUGCAUGUUUUGUAUGCCCCCACACAUUUAUGUAUCCGUCUGUAUGUCCGGAAAUCUUAUGUGUCGAACUUUUUCCACACUGUUAGCCUGACUUGCUUCAGUCUCACAGAUGAACAAGCUUGAUGUGCAGAUGACCUUAAAGGAAGGAAUUUUUUCUGUGACUAUUUUUGCUGCAGUUAUGGCCCUUUUAUAGUUUUUGCUAUAUGGAAUAUAGGGAUAAGUCUUGUGUGUCCAACUCCUCCCGCACUAUUAGCCUGAUUUGCUUCAAACUUUCACCGAUGAACAAGCUUGAUGUGCAGAUGACCUUUAUAUAAAGGAAGGAAUUUUUCUCUGAAUAUUUUUACUGCAGUUAUGACCCUUUGAUUAUUUUUGCUAUAUAGAGGAAGGCACCGUAUGUGGGGGCAUCCAUGUCCUAUGGACACAAUUCUAGUUAUCUGAUGUAAUGCAGUAAUGUGAUUUAUCUGGACCACUUUAAAUGCGACCUGCAUCCAAGAGACUGAAAUGUAAAUCAUUAGCCAUUGAUAAUGUUAAGAAAGCAGUCUUAAUACUUUUUAUUUCUGAAGAUAAAUAUAAUAAUAAAAUAUUUAUUGGGAAAUAGCAUCAAAUUUUGUCCAAAAAUCAGCUUGAAAUUUGAAGGCACCUUUAAUCAUUGGUAAAUAGCUGGAAAGAAGUCACAUGGACUCGUACAGUUUACAUGUUUUUGUAGCUCAGCAUAUGAAAGAAAAUAUUUUAAAAUCCAUUAGCAGUUUCAUUUAAAUUUAUAUUGUUAAAUGUUUUCUAAAAUGCUGAAGUGUCGUCAUAAUUGAGAUUUUCUGAGAGGCUUUCAUUAUUUAAACUUGCUUGAGGUCCAGAUGUUAUAAAUCAGUCUAGCAACAAACACCAAUGCACACGAACCUGUAUAUUAUCUAUUAAUAAAAUUGACUAUUAUUAGUAGAGAAUUAACUGUCAAGGUUUAAUCAAAUUCUACAUCGUAAAAAAAUCUUGAUCUGAACAUGCUUAACUUACUUAUACUAGUAUUUUUUUACAGCAAUUUUAACAGAAUACUCCUAUUAUUGUAUCUUGAUAGAUUUCUGACUUCACAGCUUUGGGUUUGAAAAGCUUGUUUGGGGUAUAGAUAUUUUUGUGUGAAAAAUAUAGAUAUGUACAGUCAAACCUUUCGGCUUUUGGAAGGGAAAAGACAAAGAAAUAAAAUUUCUGAAGGUAUGUUCAUAAAAAUAUACAUGCAGAUAUGUAGAGAGAAACCUGUACAAAGAGACUACACACUGGGAAAAAAAACAAGUUCUUUUCUACUCACAGUAUGAAACACAGCAAGUUUAAAAACAAGCUUUGUGAUCUGUAGAACUCUGCACGUGUGAUCUGUAGAGCUCUGCACGUAACGGACUUUAACAUAAGUUCGACUAUAUAAAGUUUGGCAUCUAGGUUUUAUCAAGCCUUUACAUAGUUAAUCAGAAUGGAUAUAACAUAAAGAAGUAAGCAGUAAAAAGAUAAACAUUUUUCUUACUAUGAUAAAACUGUGAUAUAAUUAAGCAAAAAGUUAGUUUAUAGAAAAUUCAUAAAAUGUUAACAACUUGUAAUAUCACCAGUUUUCCUUUAUGUUUUUUUGUAAAUGUUCCUGAUGUAAGUCAUUUUGUUUAAGUUGUCUCAAGAUAAUAAAAUGUGAUUCAUUAGGAUUAAUGGGUAAAUUUACCUUUAAGAAAAAACGUGUUCCUUAUACCAGUUUGUGAUUAUUAAUCACAUGACUGUGUAGUCAAUUUUCCUUGAAAUUCCAAUGUAAACAUUACAUUCCUUUGACAGGAGUUCAUUGUUCAUAGUAAUUAUGCAUGUAAUACUUCCCAUAUAUACUUAUGGAAAGAAAGGAUAUCUCUUGAAUGAAUUGAUAUACAUAUUUUACAUACCCUGUCUGAUUUAGAAUCAUUAUUAUAAAAGGCAAUCGCAGUUCAGUUUUAACCAUUUCCAACCAUUCCUGAUAUUUACACAAAUUAUUAUUGAUGAGAAGUUAUACAUUAUAUGAGCCGUACCAUAGAAAACCAACAUAGUGCAUUUGCGACCAGCAUGGAUCCAGACCAGCCUGCCAUCUGCGCAGUCUGGUCAGGAUCCAUGCUGUUCGCUUUCAAAGCCUAUUGCAAUUAGAGAAACCGUUAAUGAACAGCAUGGAUUCUGACCAGACUGUGCAGAUGCGCAGGCUGGUCUGGAUCCAUGCUGGUCGCAAAUGCACUAUGUUGGUUUUCUCAUGGUGUGGCUCAAUUAUUGUCUUUCAUUUACAUACACUCACAAGACAGAAAAUUAUAGAAUUAUUUUAACCUUUACCCUGCUAAAUUUCUAAAAUGGACUGGUCUAUCAUUCAAUAUAGGCAGUACCAGCUAUUAUUCAAAGUUGUGUUCGCUGAAAAGUUACUGACUAAAUAGCGAAUGUACAGGCUGAUCUUAGUCAGCACUGGUCGCAAAGGCAAAAUCACUUGCCGCCAGCAGGCUAAAGGUUAAAAAUGCCUAUUUAAUAAAUACAACAAGGUUUUAAUACUUAAUAUAAACACAAUUCUUAAUAUGCUUUAACUUGGAAACUUGUUGAUAAAUUUCCACUUGCAAAAAAUCUCCAUUUUCUUGUCAUCAGUGGAUCUGUGCAUGAUGUCAGGAGUGAAUUACACUCGUCUGUCAAGUUAACAUCAACAUCCUUACUGCUAGUCAUCCAAUAUAAGUGUUGCACAAAAUUUGUAGUUUUAAUGUCGUUUUAUGGUAUGAAACUGAUCUGUUAAAUGUAAUGUUGAUAGUAUACAUCAUUCAAAAGAGCUUUGAAGGUGGUAAUGGCAUUUUUCUUAAAAUCUUGUGAUAUGGUAUUUUAGAUUGUCCAUUUUUGGAUGCAAUUUUGACUCCAUUUGUUACUUGAUCCACAUGAAACUUGUGGAAUAUCUUUUUAGCAUACAAGCAAGAGAGAUUUUAAUGGCAAUUAUAUUUUUACCUUUAAUAUUAAAAUGAUUUGAGAUAGCUUCAUAAUUAAAAAUCUUGUGUGGCUUUCCAAAAAUUGUAUGUCUUACAGGCGCAUGUAACCUUCAAAUGGUUUAUUGACUUUUAAAUUUGUAGUCAAGUAAGGUACAUUUCUUUUGAAACACGAAGAACUCAAGGAAAUAAAACUGCUUUGUCACAGCAAUUUAAUGUCUCUUGAUAAAAUGUUAAAGCUUUUUAUUCACAGUUCAAUUGAAAAAAUAUGGACUCUUCAUUUAAACAGAGUUUAAAAAUAAAACAUACAUUUUACAUUGGGAAAUACAGAAAAAAGCAAAUCUUUGAUACAUGUUUACUUUGAAAGCUACAGAGAUAUUCAGCUAUAACUUCACAUGUCAGUCUGGAUAAUUUUAACAAUAAAUGUUGAGCACUUUGGCUUUAUCCAAUGAAUGAACUAUAUAAGAAAUUAUAAUAAACAAAAGAUUUACCAGGCCAUGAACAACACAAAUCCCAAUUGUCUGUAAAUUAAUAGUCAUAGUUUAGAUGUCCUUGAUACGAAACUUUUUGUAGUAAAAAAAGUAACUCUUUUUGCACUCAUUGUCUCUUUCUUUGUAUUGUAUGUUUAAGGUAUCGAUAUUGUGCCAAAUAUUUAUUUGUGAAAUAAAGAAAGAAAUUUGAAAAAAAUA